CACCCCGGCAGCCCGGUCCCCCUGCACGCCUACGAAGCUGUUUCCCCUGCUAUGAUGCCAGGGCAGAUCCCCGACCCGUCCCUGACGGCUGGCGCGCUGCCUGGGCUCGGCCCUUUGACAGGACUGCCUGGCACAGCCCUGACUGCCGAGGAGCUGAAGUGCGCCGACAUCCGCAACAUCGGGGCCAUGAUCUCGCCGCUCCACUUCCUGGAGGUGAAGCUUGGGAAGAGACCCCAGCCUGUGAAAAGUGAGCUGGAUGAGGAAGAGGAGAGGAGGAAAAGGCGCCGGGAGAAAAACAAAGUAGCAGCAGCACGAUGUCGUAACAAGAAGAAGGAGAGGACGGAGUUCCUGCAGCGGGAGUCUGAGCGUCUAGAGCUCAUGAAUGCUGAACUGAAGGCCCAGAUAGAAGAGCUGAAACAGGAGAGGCAGCAGCUGAUCCUGAUGCUAAACCGGCACCGUCCCACCUGCAUCGUGCGGACAGACAGCAUCAAGACUCCCGAGAGCGAAGCUAACCCACUGCUGGAGCAGCUAGAGAAGAAGUGAAGGUGGCACUGGGCCAGGAGGAGGAGACAAUGGCGCAGGGUGUUCCAGGGUCUCUAAUGUAUGUACUGUAUGAAGAACUGUGCACCCAGACCUGGUGCGGACCCAGUGAGGACCCAGUGGGCUUCCUUGGGAACUAUGGACCAAAUAUGGGGACAGAGAAGAUCAGGAACCUGCCAACCAUGUACUCUGAGGCUGAACCUGGGAGCAGGGCUAGUGGCACCAGUGAGGGCAACCUCCCUGUGAUACCUCACCACAGCCCUCCAGCCUGCUCGCAGCCCUGGGGACCCACGAUGCCACAUGUCCUGCAAGGACCACACACCCCGUGGGUAGCAGGGGCGGCAGGCAGAGGAGUGGCAGCUGCACGGUGCCCACUAGCACCCUGCCCAGAGGCUGCUGCUGCUCCUGGAGCAUGCUCCAGCAGGAAACCCAAACCCAAGAACCACAAACACUUGAUGCAGCCCCGUCUGGUGGGCAGGCCUGUCGGGGCUUGGUGGCGCAGGCGCCCCUCACAAGCACACUCAGUAUAAUGUUUACAGCCCAGCUGUCCGUGUCGGCCGUGCUUUUGAAUGCACAUUUUUACACUUUUUUAAAGUAUUUUUUACAAAGUUUUUAUACAGCAAUCUCUAUAAGGAUUUAUAUAAUCACUAGACGUGAUCCCAUAGAAAUAUCCCUCUGCUUCUGAGAUACUUGAGGUGCCUCAACAACCAGGACCACCAGCAGGAACUCCUGAUGUGCCAAACGCCUCAUCUAGCACAUGCCUAACUCCUGUUUUGUGAGAUCUACAUUCAGGUCAUAACCCUUGUGCUCCUUCCCACACUCCCUAGUUCAGACCAGAGCUCUCCCCAGGGUGAUGUGGUACAAUAUUUUUCCUGAAUCCCAAGCAGGGAUAACUCCACCCCCAACCCUGAACCUGAAAAGGUGGCUGAGAAGAUAGAUUAAUUAAUAACCC